UGUGUUUAUCGUCUGUCUCGACAAAAAUAGAAAAUACCUGUGAAACUGAAACUUUCUUCCCCCCGGUUCCUCGAUUCCAGAGCUUCGGUCACCUGCAGCGAUUAGUCGAUAUCUCUCGAACAUGAAUUCUGACACAACUGCUUCCUGUCGACAUGUUUGCUCGCGGAGUGACUUUCCACAGCGGAGGCGAAAACAAGUGAGCUAGCUGGCUGCUCCGCCGCUAACAGGUUCUCACAGCGUCGGGCUGGACGCGGAGCCGCAGCACGGCUAGCAAGUGAAGCGGUGCUGACAAACACACCAGUCUCCUUUUCAUAAGCUAAAUCUAGAGUUCGUUUAUCUAGAUUGUACUCUUUCAAAUAUGACGACGGCCUGCGGUUUCCUACACACGACCGAGUCAUCCCCCCCGGCUCUGACAGACCUGUGUCUGACCUAUGUGAGCCAGAACCUGGACUGCUUCUCCAUGAAGCGGCCGGACGGCUCCCUGUGCUUCAGGGAGGCGGUGCUCUUCCCACAGGAGCUGGCAGACCAGCUGCUGGCCAAGAUGGCCACUGAAGGUCUGUUGAACGACAGCACAGUGGGUGUAUUUCGGAACUCUGAAUACCUGCGGCUGAGACGGGCCUGCAUCCGCACAGCGCGUAUCUCUGCCGAGGCAUUCCAGAAAGCUCUCUGUCCCCACAGACUGCUGGAGCUGGAUGCUGCCAGGGUCAAUGCAGACCUCACUAUUCAUGAUAUCCUACAGGGACUGGCCUCCAAUAAAUACUGUCAGGACUCGCUCCAGCGUCUUGGCUUAACAGGUCUCACCAUGUCCUCUCUGGAGGAACCAAUCCGGUAUCGCUUCAGCUCCCUCCCGGGCCUCCGCUCACUCUCUCUAGCCAAUGUAGACGUCUAUGACUCUGGGCUGGUCGACGUUUGUUCCCUGCCUCGAUUAGAGAGCCUCGAUAUCUCCAACACCUCAAUCACCAACCUCACUCCACUGCUGGGCCUGAAGGAUCGGCUGCGUUCACUGACACUGCACCAGCUGAAGAGGCUGGAAAUGAGCACUGCUCAGCUGCUGGAACUCAUACGCCAGCUGGAUGUAUUGCAACACCUGGACAUCAGUGAUGAUAAGCAGUUUACCUCUGAUGUGGCUUGUCAGCUGCUUGGACAGCCGGGAAUCCUGCCUGACCUCGUGUCCCUGGAUGUGUCGGGGAGGAAACAGGUUACAGAUGCAGCCAUUAAAGCAUUUGUUGAUGAGAGGCCGGGGAUGACCUUUGUGGGACUUCUGGCCACAGAUGCUGGUUUUGCUGACUUCCUCUCUGGAGAAGGAAAUCUGAAGGUCACAGGCGAAGCCAAUGAGACCCAGAUUUGUGAGGCCCUGCGCCGCUACAGUGAGAGGGAAGGUUUUGUGAGAGAAGCUCUAUUUCAUCUGUUCAGUUUGACCCAUGUCAUGGAGAAACCACGGCCUGACAUCCUAAAGUUGGUAGUUUUGGGUAUGAAGAAUCAUCCUGCCACUCUGAAUGUGCAGCUGGCAGCAAGUGCCUGUGUAUUCAACCUGACAAAGCAGGACCUGGCAGCAGGGAUGCCAGUCCGACUCUUGAGCACUGUCACUCAGCUCUUACUGGAGGCCAUGAGGACUUUCCCAAACCACCAGCAGCUGCAGAAGAACUGCCUGCUGUCCCUGUGCAGUGACCGCAUCUUGCAGGAAGUUCCAUUCAACAGGUUUGAAGCUGCCAAAUUAGUGAUGCAGUGGCUCUGCAACCAUGAAGACCAGAAUAUGCAGAGGAUGGCGGUGGCUAUUAUUUCCAUACUGGCUGCUAAGUUGUCCACAGAACAAACAGCUCAGCUAGGAGCAGAGCUGUUCAUAGUGAAGCAACUGCUCCACAUUGUGCGUCAGAAGGCCACUCAGGGCGUGGUGGAUGCCACCCUCAAAUUUACGCUGAGCGCACUCUGGAACCUCACGGAUGAGUCACCAACAACCUGCCGCCAUUUCAUCGAGAACCAGGGGCUGGACCUGUUUAUUAAAGUUCUAGAGUCCUUCCCCAAUGAGUCUUCUAUUCAGCAGAAGGUUCUCGGUUUACUGAACAACAUAGCAGAGGUCGGGGAGCUGCACGAAGAGCUGAUGGUGCAGGGGUUCCUGGCCCACAUCAGCACUCUGCUGCACAGCUCAGAGGUGGAGGUCAGCUACUUUGCCGCAGGCAUCCUGGCACAUCUGACGUCACGAGGAAAGGAGGCCUGGACGCUCAGCGCAGAUCUUCGGUCUUCGCUGCUGGAGCAACUGCAUGAUGUCAUUAUGAAGUGGCCCCCACCAGAGUGUGAAAUGGUAGCAUACAGGUCUUUUAACCCCUUCUUCCCUCUUCUGGAGUGUUUUCACACCCCUGGUGUCCAGCUGUGGGCAGCAUGGGCCAUGCAGCACGUCUGCAGCAAGAACGCCGCCCGCUACUGCAGCAUGUUGUUGGAGGAGGGCGGCCUGCAGCAGCUGGAGCGUGUCCACACAAACCCACAGACUCACAAAGAUGUCAACUUGCUGGCUGAGAGCAUUCUGGAGAGCCUGCAGCGCCACAGAGCUCGUACCGGCCAGCCAGCACACUCACACACAAGUCGACGCCCACCACCCCAAUAACAUCACAGAGAAAACAAAGCUCCCUGACCAAGAAAGAGACACUUCAAAGGGAGGGGGGGUGCCACCACUAAAGGGGUUUCUGUAUGUGUGCGUACUUGUCUGUGGUAUUUGUAUCUAUCACACAAACAUAUUUCAUCAAGAAAUCCCCAGAGCGGUGAAAGAGACACUACGCAACUCUUUGCACACACUAACCCUAUUUAUUUUCUUUGUGUUGUUGUGCCAAUGUUUAUGAAAAAAUGUAAUUAUGAUAAGCUGUUGGUCAGUUAAGCUCAAAUCUCAUGAGGCCAUUGUUUGUGCUCGCUGUCGUUAGUGUGACUUCUGCAUCAUGAUUUUCAUACCAAAAACAUGACGAAUCUCAGUUUGGGAAAGCAAGGAACCCUAUGAACUGAAAAUUCAUCCAAGCCUCUCGCCCCUCUGCAGCCCCCUGUACUGUCACUGAGGGCUCUGCCUGUCUGAAUUGAUUCAUCCGCUCAUUAAAUAUACGCAUGACGCCACUUUGAGCUCGAGCAUGCUGGAGUUAGUCCAAAUUGUUGUACUGUUCAUUUUCGAGAUGCCUGCCUGUUUGUUUAUAGCAGUGUCCCAUUCACUGAAACCCCCCCCCGCCACAGUCUUUUUAUCAGCUAAUGCGUUUGAUUUGAUGUGACAGGACACUUGCCGAGGGUGUGUUCAGUGGGUUCAAAUGUUCCAGACAUUACAGAUGAAAACCUAAAUUACAGAGAAGUUAUGUCUCUUGAAGAAGCUGCAGUGCUAUUUCUUUUAUGAGCAUUUGGCAGCCCCAAGCCAGUUGAAUCCCCAAGCCAGCCAGUGAUGCUGUAAAUCAAACGAACCAGGGUAGGUCUCACAUGAUUUAUUGAAAUGAAAAAUAACUAAACACAAUUAUUUCUGGUUUAAGUGCAAAUGUCAACUCUGGAUAAUGCUGUGGUCAGUAAAGUCAUGAAGGUUGUACAGAUGUGAAUUAAGUGACAGCUGUUUUCUCUUUGAGAAACUGGUGUAUAUAUCAGUAUGUUAGGUGUGCUUCCCAACCAGUCCAGGUGUUGUAGAGACAGCACUUCUCUGUGAGCAUGUGUGUAUGUACGUCUGUACAAGUAUCAGCAUCUUAAAGACUGUUUGCCAUUUGUACAUACUAGAAAAAACGAGAGAAAUAGUGAUUGCACCGGUUGCAUGAUAAUUAUUCUAUUGUAUGUUCCAUUGUUUGUUUCCGAGUAAGAGAAACAUGCAGAACAAAGAGCGGGGUAGUUGUGAUGGGGGUUAGGGGAGGUAGUGGGGUUAAGAGUUAUUUCUCUUUUAUGAAACCACUCGUCCACCUCCAGGAUUUUACCGGGUUCAUCUCUGUCGUCCAGAGAAUGUGCUGUGAGAGCUGACCCUGACGCCCACCUCCAUCAUGGCUCCUGUAUCCAUUCUCAAUGCAAAACAAACUAAUGUCACUGUUACAACCUGCUGUCAAACCCUUAAUGCAACGAAAGUUCUCAUUAAAUUCAUCAUUUUAAGGCAACAUGGAUCUUGGCUGCAGCAGUAACAACAGUGACAGAUCCCAAUGCUUUUAUAGAAGAUGAAAUAAAUAUAAUAUAUUGGGCUACAACCGGUAGUCGAAAAUAUCAGUGAGCAAAGCACACAUCAGCUCCUCUGCUCAGUGAUAUAUGGCCUUGUUAAUAGAGCUGCAGAUAACACAGAACAUGUUUUUUGUUCUCUUCCGUUGCUCCUGCUGAUGUGAUGGAUUGUUUUGUUAAGCCCCUGAACACCUCCCCGGAUGAAAGGCAGUUUUUUUUAAAACAAGAAUUGAAUUCAGAUGAUCUGAUAGGAAAUGCAAACCAGUUAAAUAUGCUGUAUGUCUGCUAUGACGAUGCCAUGUUGCUGCUGAGAGUCACGUUUUCAAGUUUGAAAAAAUAAAAGAAUGUACAUUCCCAUAAA